AUCAUGCGUGGUGACAUGGUUAGAGUGCUAUACGACGCGAGUAUCAAGCAGAAUGAACAAGCGAAGCAGCUCGGGGGAAAGGGGGGCCUGACAUAUGAAUUCGGUCAAGAAGUUACAGAACUCACACAGACCGAUAAUGGGGUAGACGUUACCUUUUCUAACGGACAGAAGCAGAAUUACGACCUGGUGAUAGCGGCAGAUGGUCAAGCAUCGCGUACCAGGCGCAUGGCUUUUGGUCAGGAAGCUAACGAUGAAGCCUUCAAGUCUAUCGGAGUCCACGCCGCCUACUACAGCAUCCCACGUAGCGAAGACGAAGGUACACUUGCAAGGGUUUAUAACGCACCGGGGAGAAGAAUGCUAUUUACCAGAACGAGCGGCAGACCGGUGACGCAGGUCCUACUCUUCACCAUGGCGGAUUCAGAUAAUCUGAGAAAGUCGUACAAAGAAUCAGUCGAGAAGCAGAAGGAAGCUUUUACGGAGACCUUCAAAGGUGCCGGUUGGCAGACCGAUCGCUUGCUAAACGGCAUGAAGACGACGACAGACUUUUGGGCGCACGAGCUAGCUCAAAUCAAAAUGAAGCAGCUGUACAAGGGUCGAGUUGCGCUACUCGGAGACGCGGGCUAUUGCCCUACUCCGUUCACGGGGAUGGGGACAACAGGGUGUCUCAUCGGCGCUUAUGUCCUCGCGGGGGAAUUGGCACGACACAACAACGACGUCCCCAGCGCUUUGAAAGCGUACGAUAGGGUGGUACGGCCCGGGAUUGACGAGAUACAGAAGCUUCCCACAGAGCUCAUGGGUACUUUUUUCCCGUCUUCCAAGUUGGGCAUUUGGAUCUUGCAAAACGUAAUGUGGGCGGUGUCUAAGAUCGAGCCUCUAACUUACCGGCCAAAGCCGGAGGGGGAUUAUGUAUGGCGGCUGCCAGAGUAUCCUGAGCUUAAGCUAUAAUCUACCACAGAUCUGGUAGCGUGGCUAGAGUUAGAUUUGGAGUGAGGAGUGCCGGUUAGAGAAGUAUGUAUAGACGGUAUGUGCUAGUAGCAUAACACCGGUGGCUUGAAGGAUAAACCGUAUAUUUUAGUAGGGUAGUCCCGUUGCUGUUUAAUACUUGUAUUUGCUUUGUA